UCCGAAAUCUCCGCUACGAGUCGCUACUGUUGCGUAAUAUCACUACGCGAGCAGCUCGCUCACGUGUGUCGAUUUGUUGUUGUAGAUAGACACAUGCAUAGUAAACUAUAAACAACAAACAAAAUGGCAGGUGUCAGAAAGUUAAAACGUAAGAAGAAGUUUCGUGUAAAUAUAAAUCGAAAAAGGCUGCGAAAUAAGUUACGGAAAUUGCCCACUAUUCCAUGCGAACAGAUAAAGAAAGCAUGGAAAGUCACAUGGUCUACACGUACCAAUUUGAAAGAAAUGGGCUUGGCAUACGAUGCGAACGAAGUGAUAACAAUUCCUAAUACAAAGCGGGAAAUAUUAGAGGAUGCCAAGAGGAAAGAUGCGGGUGAGAGCUCGUCAGAUCAUAAAGAUGAAGCUAUGGACGUGACUCCAGCUAAAAAUUACGUGGCAGAAGCAUUGCAAGCUGAAGCAAAAGCACCUCGAGAGCGUCUUUUGCGCCUACCAGAAGGACAAGCACAGUUUCUUAGUUAUUUAAUAAAAAAAUACGGUGAAAAUUACAAGGCAAUGUCAAGAGAUAAGAAAAAUUAUUAUCAAUUAACCUGGAAACAAAUACGUGCUAAGAUCAAAGUGUUUAAGGGAAUUCCAGAACAGUACAAUAAAUAUAUUCAAGAUAGUAGUAUAGAUAGUAUUCAAGAUAGCAGUUAAGAUAGUAGUAUAGAAAGUAAU